AUGUUAAACUCCGUCAUUUCACAGAUCGAUUCUCUCUCCCCUGUUGAAAAUUUCUCCAUAAACAAUCGAAGGUUUUCAUAGCUCGACGAUAAAUCCUUCGGAGAACGGAGAGGGAGAUACAGUAGAAGAAAUUCACCCCCUCUUCGACUUCUUGCUGCGUCUUCUCAUCUCUUUCAUUCAUCGUCGUCUGGGUACCUGUUUUGUUAGACGAAUCCACAUCUCUUCUCACCUCGCAUACGGAUAGUUUUUCGAGGUUUUGGUCGCGAAUUGUAUCUACCAUCGUCGUCUUCUGGACUCAUACUUUUUACAGUAUCGAGACAACACUUGGGUCUAUAUAUCUGUCUUUUGUAAUAUAGAUAUGCAGAGCCAACUCAUGUGCAAUGGUUGUAGGAGCAUUCUACUUUAUCCCAGAGGAGCAACAAAUGUUUGUUGUGCAGUGUGUAAUGCAAUAACUGCAGUUCCUCCUAGUGGGAUGGAUAUGGCGCAGCUUAUAUGUGUAGGCUGUAAUAUGCUGCUCAUGUAUGUUCGUGGGGCAGCAAGUGUGAGAUGUUCCUGCUGUCAAACGGUUAACAUUUCCCAAGUAUCAAAUCAGCUUGCUCACAUCAACUGUGGGAACUGUCGUACUAUUCUGAUGUACCCUUAUGGAGCUCCAUCAGUCAAAUGUGCAAUUUGUCAGUAUAUUACUAAUGUAAACAUGGGCAAUGCCAGGAUUCCUAUUCCAGUACAAAAUGGGACGAAUAUGGCUGCACCAAACCCAUCCACUUCAACACCAAUGUCUCAGCCUCACACCCAAACUGUGGUAGUUGAGAAUCCAAUGACUGUUGAUGAAAGUGGCAAAUUGGUUAGCAGUGUCGUCGUUGGAGUGACAACAGAUAAGAAGUGACCAGAAACGCCAUUACAUCCAUGGAUUACAUAGUAAUAAUAGAUUAAACGGUAUAUAGUUUCAUGGGCCGAGAAAAUGGGUUUGGAGUGAUUAUUAUUAUUAUUAUUCUCAUUAUUAUGUAUGGUAGAACAAAAUUUGUUUUCUCAUAUGAAUUUUUCCUUGGGGGUGCCGCAUGAUCCUGAUUGGACUACUGUCUUGGUGUAUAUUAAUAAUUGUUUCUUGUGUGAUGAUACAUUUUCAUGUUUUGAUUGUUGA